ACUAUAGACCCACCCAAAUCGUUCCCCGUCUUCCAAGAAGAGGUUCGUGUCUCUGAAUCCACUAUCGACCCACCCAGGCCCAGCUCCUCCUACCAAAAGGACACCAAGAUUGUUGAGGAAACCACUGAGUAUCCUCGACACCGCCACACCCCCGCUAGCCAGAAGUCUAGAAUGGGAUAUUACGACGAAUCAGGAAAACAUCAUUCAUUCCGUCACAGCUUACACAAGAUGGCUGACCGAGUCUUUCACUCCGAGGGCGACCGUGUCGAGAUCGUCCGCGAAGGUCGUUCCUCUGCCCCCAAGGGUAACGGCGCUCCCUCCGUCCCUAACACCGUUACUAUCCCCUGCCACCAUGUCCGCAUGGGUGAUAUCUUGAUGCUCCAGGGCCGCCCCUGCCAAGUUAUCCGCAUCUCUACCUCCUCUGCCACCGGCCAGCACCGCUACCUUGGUGUCGACCUCUUCACCAAGCAGCUCCAUGAGGAGUCCUCCUUCGUCUCCAACCCUGCCCCCAGUGUUGUCGUUCAGACCAUGCUCGGCCCUGUCUUCAAGCAGUACCGUGUCCUCGACAUCCAGGAUGGCAGCAUCGUUGCCAUGACCGAGACUGGCGACGUCAAGACUGGCGUCCCCGUCAUUGACCAGUCCAACCUCUGGUCUCGCCUUAACCAGGCCUUCAACGCCGGUCACGGCAGCGUUCGCGUGCUCGUCCUUAACGAUGGCGGCCGUGAGCUUGUUGUUGACAUGAAGGUGAUCCACGCCUCUAACCUAUAAGCGUGCGAUGUUCGCUGUAGGUUUAUGGGAUCAACUGUUGUGUCAAUUAGUGUCAUCAUAGCUGGGAACGAUUUCUUUUGCACAUGGUUAAUGAUGGAGUCGCGGUUGAUCUCUUAAAGAUUGCUUCACACAUCUUCCGCGAGUAAUUAUUAUGGAUUGGAAAAAUGGACGUUACGGAUUUUGGCAUAUGACAGUUGACGCAUGUUCUGUAUAUGGAUGGUAAUUGAAUGUCAAGCCCUUAGCGUACAAUUCUUGUGUCUUAUUUAUGCAACGUGAUCAUGCAUUGGAUAUGUAUAUGUUGCGAUGACUUGAAGAUGUAAUGCAUGAACUGUUUAAGCUUUGGUACUUGCCUAGUACUUAGAUAGUAGCCAUCAGGGUGUUUAGAAUGCACCGUAAUGGGAAACUCCGGUCGAGAUAUGGUCAGCCGAGCUCCUGUCUAGUCCAAUCAGAAGGACGAUCCUUCGCUAUCCAGUAUCUACUAUGAUAAGAUGUAAUCACAUCAUUCUCCCACCU